AUGAACCGCAUGCCCGAGGGACCAUCACACGUUAGCCUUUUUCCCAUCCCGCCGUGGGAACUUAUCAACAAAUACACUGAUAGUGCUGUUGCUCGUGGUACGGCACCUCCACCUCCGCAAAUUCCUUCUUCUACUUCUUACCAAACCUUCGGCAUUCAGUAUAAUACGGAUGAUCCCAUUUUGCGACCCUUGGAGUCGUUUGGCUUUCGUCGGAUUUAUCCUCAGACUUGCAGUCGUAAAGCCGAACUUAAGAAGCUCAAUUUCUCGAUCCUUGCCAACUACCUAGAUCUGCUGGAUAUCAUUACACGUGAUCCAAGUUCACUUAGGCGCAAGGAGAAGCUCGAUCACAUUGGUCAGCUUUUCAUCAACAUGCACCAUCUGCUGAAUGAAUACCGCCCCCAUCAAGCCCGAGAUCUACUCCGGGAAAUGCUUACUUAUCAGGUGAAAAUUGCCAGAGAAACGGUGCACCUAGGCGAACAAUAUCUCGUUCGCGCCAAUGAAACGCUCUCCACUGCUGUCCAAGCGAUUUCCUCCGACCUACCCCCAACCGGUGGCACCUCUGUAUCUUUUGAAGACCUCGGUCCUGAACUGGACUGCCUCCUUAGUGGAAUCCAGGCUGAUAUGAAGAACAAUCCCCCGGCGGCAAAUAUCAAAAUGUGCGAAGAUAAUGUGGAUCUAACCAAUCCAUUCUCAUCUCCUUCCUCUUCUUCUUGCGAAAACGCAAAGGAUGGGCAGACAGAUGCGGCGCUUGACCCGUGUAUUUGGUCUUUCUUACAGCAAAGUUAG